UCUUCCCCAUUGAGUUUAACAAGGCGCAUCGCGACAUAUAACGAAAAUGUAUGCGCGAUACGUACCCCCGCCGAAAGCGACGACUCCAAUUCCGGAAUCGCCACGGCCAGCCAUCGAAACUCCUUCCAUAACGUCAGUAAAGUCGCAACCUACCGCAUAUGCCAGAUACAUCCCGCCUCCGAAGCCGACCAGUAGCCACCAAACUACCACCCAACAUGUCCACUUUGAAGAAGGGAAUGCGAUUGAUGAGCCGCCAGCUAAGAAGGUUAGAAUAGAAGAAGAAGAAGAAGAAGAAGAAAACGCACCUAAAGAGUCCAAAAAGAAAUCCAAAAAGCCCAAAAGGUCGAAAAAUGAAGCACAGCCUAGCGAAGGAGCCGUAGACGGGUUAGACAAUAACGAUCCCGUCAUGCGACAAACCGAUCGGGAUAGUGUUGAUUCUGACGAAGCUCCCCCGCAAUCGGGCACGGCAGAUCAGGAAAUCGCGCGAGACACAACUCUAGAGACGCCAUCGGAGACGAAUGGAAAAAUAAAAAAGGAUAAAAAGAACAAGAAAAAAAUAAAAAAGAGCAGCGAUGAUCAAGCGUUAGAAGAAGUCGAGGAUAAAACCCCAGUGCGGCAUCGUUCAGUACUAGAAAAGGCCGCCAAGUCAAUUCGAGCACCAGAGUCACAACCGGAUGCGGAUCUACAAAAGGAUAUCGGCAUGCAAGAUGCGCCCGACGGCGCAGAAACGAAGACCGAUGAUGCUAUGGAUGUGGAUGUAAAUGCAGAUGUACCGGAAGUUCAUGGACUUCAACCGCUGCCUCAACCCAAGCCAGUCAUUCCUGAUGCGACAAAACCAGCUUAUGAUACGCUACCUCCUUGGUUGGCAAAGCCAAUCCGUGUUUCUCCGCAGGCUACCGCGCCUUUUACGGAAUUUGGGCUUUCUCUAGAACUAGGGAUUUCUCCCGAGGCCGCCGAGAAAUUAGCUACAAGUGGAUACAAACAAGCAUUUGCUAUUCAAACGGCAGUGAUACCCCUCCUCCUCCCUCAUCAUGACAAAACGAUGCACGGCGACGUUCUAGUGUCUGCUGCGACAGGCUCAGGAAAGACAUUAGCUUAUGCGCUACCCGUGGUGCGAGACCUGAGUCAAGGAAAUCGUCAUUUAACAAGAUUGCGUGCGGUGAUUGUUCUUCCAACUCGAGAACUUGUUCGGCAAGUUCAGCAGGUUUUCGAACAAUGCGCUGGUGCCUUUUCUCUAAAUGGUUCGAAGAAAAGGGUUCGUGUCGGUAUCGCAAUGGGUAGCCAGUCCAUUGAGCAAGAACAAGCAGCUUUUAUAGAGAGGGAAGAAAAAUACGACCCUGAAGCAUAUGCUAAACGAAAUAGAAGACUUGCGUCUAAUAUUGACGAAGAGAGCGAUGGGGGAUACAACACUGAGGAUGAAGAAAGAGCGGGGAUUCGGAAAAGAGAGGACAAAAUCCAAACAUUACCAGAUCACGUAAUUACGUAUCACUCUAAAGUUGAUAUUUUGAUCUCUACGCCUGGAAGACUUGUUGAACAUAUAAAAUACACUCCUGGCUUUUCGCUAGACUUUGUUCGAUGGCUUGUUGUCGACGAAGCUGAUAAAUUGCUUGGCCAGAAUUUCCAACAGUGGUUGGAAGUGGUUAUCCCACGAUUACAGUCAAAUGAAAAUAAUUCCCGAAAUCACAAGCAGUCAAAUCUGUCGGGUGUUAGGAAGAUCGUCCUAAGCGCCACAAUGACGAGAGAUCUCGAUCGUUUAGAAGGAUUAAAACUCCGUUGGCCGAAAUUAGUCAUGCUUGAGGGGUCGGGAAUCGCCAAUGAGGCGGAGGUUGCUAUCAGCCAAGCCGAACUUGUACUCCCCGAAUUGCUCGAAGAAGCUGCGCUCAAAGUCAGCGAUCCAAAUCUCAAGCCACUCUUCCUUGUUGACUUGCUUCAAAGCAAUUACAUAUUAGGACAGAUCGGCACCAACGAGUCCAAGCAAGACCCAUCGGAUGACGACACUUCGUCCUCAGGUUCGGACUCGGAGUCAGAGUCAGAUGCAGAUUCCGGUUUAGAGACGUCAUUCAAGCCACCCAGGGUUACACCUCCCGAUGGCAAUACGCCUAGCGUUCUAAUUUUCACCAAAUCCAACGAGACAGCUCUACGUCUCUCGCGUCUUUUGUCCUUACUUUCGCCAUCUUUAGGCUCCCUUGCUGGUACUCUUACCUCAACGACACAAUAUGCGACUCGAAGACGUACAAUCCGGUCAUUCUUAGCCGGAAAGUUAAGAAUUCUUGGGGCGUCUGACCUUGUUGCCCGUGGUAUCGAUCUCCCCUCUCUAGAUCACGUCAUUAACUACGAUAUGCCGUCGAGCAUAGCUUCGUAUGUCCACAGAGUAGGCCGCACAGCCCGAGCUGGGAAGACGGGUAAGGCUUGGACACUAUUUACGAACCCAGAAGCAAGAUGGUUCUGGAACGAAGUUGCUAGCGAGACUACUAUCCAAAGGAAAAACAAAGUCGAGCGUAUAAGAGUAACCGAAGAGAAGGAAGAUGCAUUUGAAAAGAAGGUGGCAGCAUAUGAGUUAGCGCUCGCGAAGUUAGGAGAGGAAGCGAGUGAAUCUAGGAAUCGGGCGCGAUAAUCAUAAUAGGGCUAUAUUUCUAGAAGUCAAAAGAAGAUGAUACCCAUUAGUGGCUCAAAUGAAUCAAUUAAUUUAUUCACGACAUCGAGCCCUGACUGAAGCCUAAGCGAGUGUUGUUGAGAUUGCACACCGAAUCUGUCUAGGUCCUGGGCAGCCUUGUUGAUUCAAUGAGUGUCGACGGCAAUAAAUGGCCGAAUAACAAUUAGCGAAAUAAUUGGCAGAGAGUGCACUAAUAGCGGUAAUGACCGAACAAGUAACCCAUUCAGACACCCCUUAUAACAGUAGCGCUCUAUUCUAGCUCUCAUCCGCUCCGAAUAGGCCCAUCCAAGUCCACCCAACCUUUGCGAUUCCCCCAAUUAGACGACGCAGGG